AUGCUGUUCGUCUACCUGCUCGUCCUCGUCCUCUACACCGGCAGCCUCAGCGCUGAGAACACAACACUUAAUGUGACGAUCUGUGUGCCAAAAGGCCUGUGCCCCGGCUGCGAGGAACGCUUUACGUUCUGCCGGGUAAAAGACGGGAAAAUGCUAUGCACAUUCAAGGACAAAAUUAUUGAUCCCGAUUCGGGAGUUUGUGACUUCGAAGGUUGUCCAAUUGGAGAGACGGACCUCGCCGUUGGCGCGAACCGUAGUUGUAUCCCGAUGAAGAAGAUCGUUAAUGGUUCUCUUCCUAUGGAGUGGUGGUGGGACGGAUGCAUUGAGCCAUUCUUGGUCAACUGCGGCAACUAUCUUCCGGUUUGUGUCAGGGCGUUUGAGCUUGAGGAAUACAACCAAACCAUGGGUGGCUGCAUCAACAAAGGCUGCCCUCCUGCGACGCACCCGUGCAAAGUAGAAAGCGGAACGGAAUGCAUUUCCUACGACGACCUGAAGUCGUUCCAAUGGACGAAGGGAGGCGACGAGUGCAUCCGUGCAACAGCUGAAGAGAAGGCUGCUGCGAGGGCUACUGUGCCACCGGCCGCCCAGGAGAAGACCGAGCCAAAGGAGACAUCGCCAGCCUCGCGUCCAUCUGGACUUCUCGUGAAUUCCGUCUUCGUUAUACUGACACUUCGAUUACUUUGCAUUUUCUCGACCUUCGGCGUAGAGUCUGCCAUGCUGUUCGUCUACCUGCUCGUCCUCGCCCUCUACACCGGCGGACUGAACGCCGCGAACACGACAAUGACUGCAGCGAUGUGUCAUAAAGGCUCCCCCGACUGCACAGUCGGCGACAAACGCAAUUGCCUACCACGCAAUCGCAUGACUAACGGCACUCUCCCCGAUGGCUGGUGGUGGGACGGCUGCAUCUAUGAUUACUACAUUAACUGCGGCAACUACGUGCCAGUUUGCCUCAACGCCGCUACGAUCACGGCGUACAACGCGAGCGCAGGAGGCUGCAUCAACGACGGCUGCCCUCCUGCGACGCACCCGUGCAAAGGAGAAAACGGAACGGAAUGCAUUGACUACGACGACCUGAAGUCGGCCCGUUACAAGAAAGGAGGAGAUGUGUGUGUCCUUGCCACGGCCGAGGAGAAGGCUGCUGCGCGGCCUACUGUCCCGCCGGCUGCCCAGGAGAAGACUGAACCGAAAGAGACAUCGCCAGCCUCUCGCCCGUCUUGGCUUCUCGUGAACUCCGUCAUCCACCUACUGACCCUUCGAUUACUUUGUAUUGUUUUCGGACCUGCC